AUGCCUUUCCAUACUGAGCUCACAAAGGCCCUCGGCAUUAGAGUGCCUAUAGUCCAAGGGGGCAUGCAAUGGGUAGGCUACGCUGAGCUUGCAUCCGCCGUAUCCAAUGCUGGAGGUCUGGGAAUUCCUGCUCACCAUGGACGAACACAGCUCACAGCCCUCACCCAACCGACCCCCGAAGACCUCCGCAAAGAGAUCCGCCGCUGCCGCACAAUGACCAAGAACCCGUUUGGCGUAAACCUCACCUUCCUCCCCGCCAUGGUGCCCCCCGACUACGCCGCCUACGCACGCGUCAUCAUCGACGAAAAAGUGCGCAUCGUGGAAACGGCAGGCAACAACCCGGGCCCGAUAAUCAAACAGCUCAAAGCCGCAGGCACCACCAUCCUCCACAAAUGCACCACCAUCCGCCACGCCCAAUCCGCCAUCAAACUCGGCGUCGACUUCCUCUCCAUCGACGGCUUCGAGUGCGCCGGCCACGUUGGCGAAACAGACAUUACAAACUUCAUCCUGCUCUCGCGCGCCCGCCAAUCCCUCGGCAUUCCCUUUAUCGCCUCUGGCGGGUUCGCAGACGGCCAGGGCCUUGCGGCGGCACUGGCCCUCGGCGCCUGCGGUAUCAAUAUGGGCACGCGCUUCAUGUGCACCGUCGAAGCCCCGAUUCACGAGAAUAUCAAGCGGAGCAUUGUCGAGGCGCAGGAGACGGAUACGACGCUGGUGCUGCGGCGGUGGAAGAAUACAAGUCGGUUGUUUGCGAACAAGGUGGCGCUCAAGGCGGUCGAGGUGGAGAAGACGAGUCCGACGGGCAAGUUUGAGGAGGUGGCUGAGUAUGUGAGUGGGAAGAGGGGGAGACAGGUGUUUUUGAAUGGGGAUCCGGAUUUUGGUGUCUGGACAGCGGGUCAAGUCAUUGGCCUCAUUCACGAUAUCCCCACCAACGAGGAAUUGCUCCGCCGUAUCGAGCGUGAGGCUCUAGAAACCAUGAAGCAGACCCAGAGUCUGUGGGUUGAGGAGGGUGGCGCAGAUAAAUCAGGAAAGAGUAAGCUAUAG